CUCGCCACUCGGUUCACUCUCUCAGUUUGGCUGAGAACGGGAUUUGAGUGAGGACUGAGCGGUCUCGCGAUGAUCGCGUACACAUUGUGAUUCCCAACCAUGUUUGUCAUCUACCCGUGACGCGAGUUUCAGUUGUUAUUGUGUAGUGUUCAGUUUUAUUUUCCAUAAACGCGAAUAUUUUGUUUUUGUUUUCUCUAGUGCGAGUUAAACUCAAAUGGUGAAGAUGUCUGUGAUGCAGUUGGGCAAGCGUCAGCACUGCUACUUGUGCGACUUGCCGCGAAUGCCGUGGGCGAUGUUGCACGACUUUUCCGAGAUGGUGUGUCGCGGCUGUGUGAACUACGAGGGUGCCGACAGGAUAGAGCUGGUGCUCGAGACGGCGCGACAGAUGAAACGUGCUCACGGUUUCCAGGAGAGUCGGUCCGGAGGGAGUAGCAGCAGCAGCUCCCAAGGGAGCUCCAACCAUCACCAUUCUUCGGCGAGCAAGAGUUCCUCGUCGUUCCACAGGUCGGGGAGCACGGGAGGGUCGGGCCACGAGGCUGCCCACCAGAACGGAGUAGCGAGUCUAGAAGUUGUCGGGAUGCCGCCGGCGGCUCACAUAUCCGCGAGACAGACCCAGCAGCCGCCGCCGGGUGCCGGAUCCCUACACGCGGGGUACGCCACACUCCACCACUCGCGUACUGCCGGUCUUCUCACCGAAUACGCUGCACCACCGCCACCCCGUGGGUCAUCGUCCCAGGGGAUGUCCAGGGGCCUCCAGAGCUCGGAGGAGCACGAGAUGGUAUCCGGAAUGUCCCGGACGGCCGUCCGUCUGCCGACAGCGGCUCACAUGGCUGCGGCCGCACACCAGAUGCCUCAGGGUAGACCUAACUCGCUACCGCCCCAGACCAUCGGCCUGAAGCGCGGCUUGUCCACUUCGGCAGAUGACGAUGACCACCACCCGCACCACGCUCACGCCAACGGUGACGGAGGACCCGCUAAGAGGAUGGUCGUGGACGAUCAGGGUCACAGUUCCCGGCCUCCCCUUACUCGAGGAGACUCUUUACCCGCGGUCAGCUUGGCUAUUCCCUUCGAACGCUCAUUCAAAGCCGAGCCCAAGCACCCCAUAAGGGCUCCCUCGUUUGACACUGCCACGUCAUUCAAACCCAACGGAUACCCAGGUGGAGGUUCCCUGACGAGUGGAGGGGCUGGAUCUCCUCUAGGCCCACGGACCACCUCACCGCCCGAGACAGUAGCGGGGCAGACACCCCAGACUCCAGGAGCCACGACUCAGUCACCCAUGGCAGCUCUCAUGUCUGUGGCCGACACGCUACCCCCUGGCUCUCCUCGUAGUGCUGGAGGGUCCCCACCAGGAGCAGGAGGUCCCCGUUCUGCCUCCAGGGGCUCCCAACACUCACCCAACUCUUCAGGCUCCUCAAGCGGACGAAGGUCCUCAGGCAGCCGACACGUGAGCUCGACCACGGUGACGUCGAGUGAGAACCCCAACGCGGGUUCCAGCGCAGGCACUCCCACGGGUACCGAGCCUCCCUCCACAGGCGAGACUCCUGCCGUCGGUACGCCCGCCCCCACCGCCACUCUCAAGUGUACAUUGUGCCAGGAGAGGUUAGAAGACACACAUUUUGUGCAGUGUCCAUCGGUCCCUCAACACAAGUUCUGCUUCCCUUGCUCCCGGGAUAGCAUCAAGCGGCAAGGUGCAGGUUCCGAGGUGUACUGUCCCAGUGGAGAGAAAUGUCCCUUGGCCAACUCCAACGUGCCAUGGGCAUUCAUGCAGGGUGAAAUAGCAACUAUCCUGGGAGAAGAAUUCAAAGUGAAGAAGGAAAGGGAAACUUAAGGGGGCGUGGCUGCCCCGUGGGGGUCCUGAACCUUACCUGCCCUGCCCUGUGAAGGGCUUUGGCGUUGUCGGCAUUUCGUCCCCGGACGCACAUCGCCUGUAAAUACAGCGGGUUGUACAGAGAACGCAGAUCUGUCGUCAGGUAUCAGUUGUAUCGUUGUCGGUUUGUCGCAGAGAUCUUUGUAGCCACCCGUGCUACAUCAAUGUACAAAUUAAGCAUAAUUUCUAUCAUGUGAAUACGUAUAAUAAUUAUUUAGUAUUAUAUCGAGUUUUUAUUUGUAUUGUUUUGUGAUCUCUGUUGAUGUUUGUAUCAGAAAAUCAAAAUGGCUUUAUUGUGAAUGUGUUGUGUAACAGCUGUGAUGGCAGGACUUGAGCAGUCAAUAAAUAUACACAUUUAUACCACUUACAUUUACUUUCUUCUUUCAGUUUCUCACCUUAUGUUGUUGUUUUGCCCAUAUCAAACUCACCUACUUCAUCAGGUCAUUUCUUGUUGGUCUAACACAAAAAUUUCACUAUUGUUCAUUUUGACAGUUAUUUUUUUAAAUUUUUGCUAUAUAUUUUUAGGUAUUGUUUUCUGUCCAUUGAAGAUAAAAAAAUUUAUUUAAUAUAAGGUUUGUACUCUCUAAAGAAGGUGAUUUAGGAAAGAAGAAUUUAUGUCUUAACAUCAGGGGUUAAAAUGUGCAAUUAAAAUCAAAACGGAUGUAGAAACAAGAAUAUACCUAUGUUCGAUUUGUUUGAGAUUUAAUGAUUCCUUCGAGUCAUCAUGUGAUGUCCAUCUCUGUGGAGAGGCAGUUAUUGUUAUGGAUGGUCCAGAACACGUAGAUGCAAAUUAGUACAAAUUUAUGGAUAAGUAUGUUUUAAGAGCUGCAAGUCAAUCUAAAAAAGAUGUAAAAAUGUUCAUAGUUUUGUCAGUAUUUUAAAAUAUUUAUAUUAGGAAAGCUUAUAUUUAAAAUAAUGUCUUAUUAGUAGAAAAGACAAAAUAACAUGCUGUAAUGAGAAAUAAUCCAAUUAUUCAUAUAAAGUUUAAAAAGCUACAUUUUGCAGAGAUGUACUCAAACUCUUAAUUUUUUUUCCUUUUCUUUGUGUUUUUUUACACCUUUUUUGGUUUUGUUUAUUUCAUACAUAGUAUUUCCAUUGCUUUUAGUUUAAAUUGAUAAGUUAGAAUGACACGUUUUGUAUCAGAUCUUUAAUUUAGCCUAGAGUUUAAGAAAGCAAGUGUGUUUUGCUUAAUUUAUUGUGUUUUAUAUUUGUGUUGUGUUUAUAAAUUUUAUCGAUUUGUAAAUUCCAUGACUAGGGCUUCUGUUUAGCAUAUUUUAAAAUUAACCUGACUAGAGAUGAUUUGCGCCUAACUGUAAGCCUAGUCAUCUGAGCUAUAGGAACUCCAGCACUCGCUAUGUUAGUCAAGCCAAACGUUUCUUUAGACACUCUUCAAUUGUAUAAACGUAAGAAAUGUAUGUUUCCAAUGCAAAGUUAUUUUUAGUUGGAAGUCAGUGGCCUGUAUAAAAUGUAAAUUAUGAUUGGUAUGUGUCCCAGUGAUUAUGUAUAUAUAUAUUGUUUAUAUUGUAUCAAUCUGAGAGUUAAUGUCAUAUGUUCCUUAGUCCUAGUGUAAGUUGGCUGCCAACCUUAAAACAAAAUAUCCCCACUCGCUCGGGUCGUAAUCUCACUGAAGCUGGCUUCAGUGGGGUUUUUGUGGAUUUGUGGACCGGUGUGCUGUCUGUUGUCAUUCUAGUCCGGACUUCUCUAGUGGAAGUACUGUUUCUAUACUGUAUGUAACUGGUCUUUUAGGGAAAAGAAGCUUUCCAAUUACCAUCAGUAUAUUAUAUCGUUUUCAUGUUCUAAAGUGAUUAAAUUUCAGAAUUUACAUUAUCGUUUAUAUAUUUAAUUAUACAUUACAUUUCAUUCAUAGUUGAGGAAUGAAUAAAAAUUUGCUUUGGUAUUGAUAUUGCUGAACUUGGCUUAGAAAGUUUACCAAUAAAAUAAAUUGUUUUCCUCAAUGUAGGAAAAUUAUUCGUAAUUUUAAAAUUUGUUUGUUGAAAUCUUGUUUCUGACCUUACAAGGAGAAACAAAAUUUACGCUCGGAAAUUGAAAAUGAAUUUUGUUUUAAGGUUGUUAACUGUUGAGGUCCUAGAUGUAGUCAGUGUCUAUCUGUAGUAGACCACAGUCGCUUGUAGGAGCUAUGCUCAACUACGUAGUCUAGGCACCUCUGAGCCCGACUGAGACAUGCUGUGAUCUGAUUUCUAGAGGAGCAACUUCUCGUUUUUACUGUCACAGUUUUAUGUAAAACCUUUUGAACAAGCAGCGUUUGUAUCAAAACAUUUGUUAUCAGUAUUUUGUAUUGUUAAAAGAUUUUAAAGUGGGGUUCACAGUUUUGGGAGAAUUAGGCUGGUUAUAAUCUGACAUUCUUCAGGAUUUCCUGUUGAAAUAAGGGAUUCAAGAUUGACAUUUGUAAUAACCGUAUUUUCUAACAUGAGAAGUGACUUUACAAGUGCAUGACAGUUAAUAAAGAAAUGAAUACUAGAGACAGUAAUGAUAUGAUUUAAAGUUUUAAAGCCAAGGGUAUCAGAAGUGGUAUUUGAGAUUAAGUUACAAUUUGUUGUGUACAUAGUCGUGCGCACUGUGUUUUGAUACCAUCACGCGCAUUUCCGUGUGUAGUCAUUUAGUAGGCUUCAUAGUGUUCAUGUAUAAUUCUACAUCUGUCAACAACUCAUCUUAUGACGACAAUUAAAGUUAUUUUGUGGUGUUAAA